AUGGAGAAAAUCCCCACAAUAUCCGGUGACUGUUAUACAAGUGAAAUUGCAGAUGAAAUCGAGGGUUUUCCGUUCAAGAAUCAAUUGAAACAGCAAAACUACAAUUUGCAAUCUGCUAAAAUCUGCGAGAGCCGAAACAAAGGAGCUUUUCGAGAAACUGGGGACCAGAAACAAGAACAAUGUAUUGUUCUAGAAAUUCCUGAAAAACUAGAAUUAAGAAUUUCAUUUCCACAAACUAUUCAACAACCACAAAUACAACAUAAUUCAGCAACAAACACAAAUAAUAUAAAUAACUUUUUAAUAAAUAAUACUACAAACUUAUCUGACACAAUAACUACGCCUAAUUUUUUAGGUGACAACUUAAAUACAGCUUCUGAAUUUGGUACUUCUUACACACUAACCGCUGCUACUCCUACUGUGCCAACGGUUGGUACACCUUCAACUCCAUAUUUUAGUACCCCAUAUAUAAGUACUUCUCAACUUAGUCCUUCAUAUAUAAGUACCCCUCCAUAUAUAAAUCCUGCUGAGGAAGCAGAUUAUAACUCAAUAAACGAUAGCGAUCCAAAAAUAUUUGAUAAUUCUGGUCAGAGUUCCUCCUGGUUUAAUUUAUUUCCUACAUCACAAGACUCUCAACAAAUAUCACAGUUAGGAGAAGUAACAGAAGAAGAUAUAUUACCGAGUCCUCAAUCGUAUAUAAAUAUAACUGAACAAUUACAACAGUUACAUUUGCAACAACCGCAGUACCGUCAAUUUUCUUGCUCUUCGACUCCUCUUAUUCUUAAUUUUGAUAAUUUCAGUCCAAUAAUAAUGGAAAUGGACGAAGCUCAUAAUCCUUUAUCAAAAUCAAAUACAAUUAAUAAUAAUGAAAUUCAUGAUAACGAUCAUAGCCUAAAUCAUAAUAAUGAUAAUAUCAAUACUUCCAAUCUUAAUAUAAAUCCAACAUCAUCAGAAAUUGCAACAACUUCUUCUUCUCCAACAUUAACGUCAAAACAAUCAGCGACUACACCUAUAAUGACACAAUCAAUAUCAACAAGCAAAACAAGCAAUAACAAUAUUAAUAAUUUAUUGAAUACUAGUUUCUCACUUAUUAAAAGAGAAGAAUCAAACAACAACAAUAAUAUUGAUGAAACUACUAUUUCGCUAACACAAAAAAUCCUAUCAUCUGCAUCACCUUCCACGAUAUCUUCAAAUCCUGGUGGUAUGAUAAGUACGGUUCAUAAUAAUUCCAGAUUAAUGGUUGCUAGUGAUGGAAGCGUUGGUGUUAAUACUAUUGCUGCUACAUCAGCAUCUGAUGCUAUCAGAAAACAUGAAAAUCAAUUAGAUCAUUUAACAGCAGAGCAAGAACAACAACGUAAUAAAAAACGUCCGCGUACAAGUCCUUUUGCUUGUGAAUAUUCAAAUUGCGGUUCCAGAUUCACUCGUAAACAUGACUUAAAGAGACAUAUCAAUGGCAUUCAUAAAGGCGAAAAAGUACAUGAAUGUAGUGUCUGUAGAAAACCCUUUUCUCGAAAAGAUGCUUGGAAAAGACAUGUUACAACUUGUGGAAAAAUCUAA